GAAAUUUAUUGCGAGAGUAAGACUUAAAUAAUUAAAUAAUUUUAAAUUGUAAAAUCAAGGAUUAAACUACUCUAAAGAUGGGUGGAUGCAUUUCAGAGCCGAUAGGAAGUGUUGCGAGUGAUACUAAAUUUGAGGAUCUUUUGUCAUUCACAAAGAAAAAAGUUUUGCGAUCAAUCAUAAAUUUUCAAGGAAUUCAAACGACAUUGUUCGAGCUGAUUGAUUAUGACUUAGAAAUUCUGAAGGAACUGACUGGUGAAAAUAUUCAGAAACUUUUACAAAAUAAAGAAAUGAUGAAGAUUGGUCAAGUUUGUGAAUUAAACCUAAAAUAUCCUUUUGUAGAGAGAAAAUUUGUGCAUGAAGAACUGGAUUUUAGGUCUUAUCACUACAUUGACUCUGAAGAUGUGAAGUUUACAUUUAAAGACAUCAAAGAUCAAACAAAACAUUCGAAAGUUUUUAUUUUGUCAGACCAAGCUAGUUCCGGAAAAUCAGCUUCUUUUAUGGAUUUUGCAGCUAAAUUAAAGCAACAAAGUAGACUUCAUUGGGUCUCAUAUAUUGGAUUAAAUGAACAAAGGAAUUAUUUCGAGAAACUUGAUAAGACAUGCCCAAAUGAUUCGUUUAAAAUUUUAUUGCACUGCAUUGGAAUCACGUCACAAUUUGAAGCCAAAAUAUUCAGGAAGCUACUUACAAAUGGAAGGGUUAUUUUGUUGUUUGAUGGAAUUGAUGAAAUCAUCCCAUCUUGUACAAAUGUUUUAAAAGAACUUUUUGAGUUUUUGACAUGGAGAUCAGACUAUAGAAAUCAGCUGUGGAUAUCAACGCGACCGAAUAUGUCAUCAAACUCUAAAGAGAUUUUGAAGCAACAACAUGAAUUCAAAUUUGCUCCACUUAAACAAGAAGACAAAGAAUUAUUUAUAAAAGGUAUUUUGGAAUUUUAUGGAAUUUUCUACAAGGAUCAGCAGAAUAAGAUAAAAGGUGAUGUUCUUUAUUUCAUGAGUAAUUUAGGAUCAGAUAAGGAUGUUGACAACAUAUUCAUGAUUCAGUCAAUCACAGAAUAUCGAGUCAAAAAUUCGAUAUCUUUAAGCGAAGACAAUUACUUUGAAAUUUUUGCGAACAUGUUAGAAAGUCAAAAGGCUUCCUUCAAAAUACCUUCUUUGGAACGUGACAAUGACUCCUUGAUAAACAUUUGGGAUGUUCAUCGAGCUGUAGCACUAAUUAAAAGUUUCCCAAAUAUGAAACUGGAUUUAUUAUCGAUUGUUAAGAAAUGGAAAAAGGAUCGAAAAAAUUGGACAUCAGAUGUAAUACAACGUUAUGGAUACAUGCAUGGAAAUUUUGAUGACAUCAGCUCUGUUCGUUUUGUGCAUAAAAGCUAUUCUGAAUUUUUUGUUGCACAAUUUAUAAUCAAUUUCCUAUUUGAUGAUAACGAGGAUAUGGACAAAGCAGAAAUUAAGUCUAUAGUCAGUCUUUUUAUCAGAAUAAUGUGUAACUUUAAAAGUAACAAAAUAUGCUGUAACUUUUUGAUCAGCUACUUUAAGUUAUUUGGAUAUGGUAAGAAAGUUUGUGGUAAAGUGAAGCGAGUUAUUUACGACAAUCUUCGAGAAAUUCGUGAUCCCACCAACUCAGCAUAUCCUUCAAAAGACCUCUUAAGAAAUUUCGCAAUAUUCAUGUCAUUGGAUGAAGAGAUGAUGAAUAAGUUCUUCAAAUUUGAUGAGUAUGUGAAUCUACUCGAUGAAUUUGUUCUCAAAGGCUGGAUGGAGACUGACGCAUGUACUUUCAUAAAUGCAGUAACAGAUUCACUCGGUCCGGAUUGGCAUUUAAAGUUCAAUAAAUCUUCUGCAAAAUUGCUGACGCACAAGGAAAUUAAGGACUUAGAAGGAGAAUAUAAUGACAUCGAACAAAUAAAGAUUUGUGAAAUCUAUCGUAACAGCAACGAAACUGAAGCUAAGCAGAGAUUCUUAAAUGAUUUUGAUCAGAUAACAUGUUAUAAUGGAAUCAUCCAAGUUGAAACAAUUGCAAGAUUAAGAGAUUCAUUAUCAAGGGAUGACUUUAUAAAAAAGUGUUUAUUGAGGGUCUGUUACAAUCACAUCACACCAGAAGCUUUAAGUUUUAUUCACGAAAAUAUCAAGGAACUUUGCAGCUUUUAUUUAAUUAACAAGAUAUUAUUUGAUACUCAUCCUGAUGUCUCACCGCCACUUAUUCAAUGUUUGAGCAUUAAGAAUCCUGAGAUUUUCAAAAUUACGGCUGACUUCUAUAUUGAACAUAAACGCUCAUGGGAGGAACUACAAGAUUUUUUCCUACUAAGACCUUUAAGCAAUCUCUUUGUUGCAUGCACUACGCCUAUAUAUGGACCGUACAAAGAAUUCAUUAAAAACCUUUUUGAAAAUAACAAGUGGCAAUUAAUUCGAAAAGUUCAAGGUCAUAUCCUGUUUACACAAAAUUUAGAUUUAAGUGUCAAAUGUGAAAAUUCUGAAGAUUUAAUGAACUGGAUAUUUUUGAACAACAUUGAAGUUGGUCAAAGGAUUUACGAGAAAAUGUUUAAAAUAUUAGAGUGAAUUGUGCUGCAUUAUUUUGGAAUAAUAUAAGCUUUUACAUUUUGUAUCGUAUUUUCAUUUUGAAAGCAU